AUGCGCGAGGCCAUCAAGGGCCUCAUCACAAGCUUCGAGGUUUCGACCUCGGCUCUGAGCUUUGCCUCCGAGGAGAUUGUAGAGAUGAACCGGAAGCUUGAGAGGCCCGAGAAGGACCUUGACCUGAUGAACAAGCGGGUUGAGCGGUCUCAAGCCACUAUGGCCGAGCUUGUGAAGGCUCGGCAGGAGGCCAAGCAGCAGAAGGUUGCGGCCGCCAAGGCGGCGAAGGACCUGGCCGCCGAAAAGGUAGCCAGAGGAAGGGACCAGGAACGGGUCCUGGAGGCCGAGGAGGACCUGAAGGGCAUGUAUCUCGAGCGCGACUCCCUUCGGGAGAAGGAGAAUAAGGCGGCCCAGGAGCUGCAAAAACUGCGCCUGACUCACGCCGAGCUACAGACCCAGCAAGGGUUCGUCUUGCUCAUCCAGCUGUGGCGAACCGCAGAGGUCUUCGCCGAUCUCCCGAAGAGUGCGACGGACGCCGGCCUGCACUUCGGCCAGUAG